GCAUUCGCACCGUCAUCUAGAUCAUCUCCCGCCAUAGUGCUUCGUUCUGCACAUUGUUAUGAAUGUGAUGAACUAAGUACGACCAGAGCUGAUCAUGUCAAGUUUACACGUUGAUAAAGAAGCAUUUUUCAGGAGAAUCAAGCGCUUAUAUCAAGCAUGGAACAAAUCAUCUGGAGAUGCUCUGGGUCAGAUGGACGCUUUGGUUACGUCGGUUGGAAUCGACGAAGAAGUUGUUUAUUCCAAGUCUACAGCCCUGCAGACCUGGCUGUUUGGGUACGAGUUGACGGACACGGUGAUGGUCUUCUGUGAGAAGAGCAUCUCUGUUCUAGCCAGCAAAAAGAAGAUUGACUUUCUGAAGCAGUUAGAGGCAUCCAAAGAAAACGACCAACCACAGAUCAAGCUGUUGACUCGUAACAAGGGGGAUAAAGACAAAGAAAAUUUCCAGAAGCUGAUAAGUGAAAUUAAAUCAAGCAAAAAGGGUAAGACCAUCGGAGAAUUCAGUAAAGACAAGUUCCCCGGCGAGUUCAUGGAGAGCUGGAGAUCAGCUUUAGGAGCAGCUUCAUUCCAGAAGGUAGAUGUUAGCUCCACCAUGGCCUACAUAAUGGCUCCAAAGGAAGAAUCGGAAAUCAAAACAAUGCAGAAAGCUUCAGCAGUCACCUGUGAAGUGUUCUCCAAAUACCUACGGGAACAAAUCAUGGAGAUUAUUGAUGCUGAAAAGAAAGUGAAACACUCGAAGCUGGCAGAUGGAGUGGAGCAGGCCCUACAGAACAAGAAGAUAGUGGGUGGAGUGGAUGUUGGACAGCUGGACAUGUGUUACCCAGCCAUCGUACAGAGUGGGGGCAAAUACAGCCUCAAAUUCUCCACUGUCAGUGACGACUCGAACCUCGACUUUGGGACCAUUAUAUGUGCCCUCGGAGUAAGAUAUAAGUCUUAUUGCGCCAACAUCGUUAGAACGUUAAUGGUGGACCCUUCUGAGAAACAACAGAAAGAUUAUGACUUUCUCUUAAAAGUGGAAGAAGAAAUCCUGAACAAGCUCCAGGAUGGGACCAAGCUGAGCGAGGUGUACGAGGGCAUCGUCUCCUUUGUGAAGAAGCAGCGCUCAGACCUGGAGAGUAAGAUGACCAAGUCCUUCGGGUUUGCCAUGGGCAUUGAGUUCAGGGAGGGGUCCUUAUUGAUCUCAGCAAAGACAACAGCUAAAGCCAAGAAAGGAAUGACUUUCAACAUCAAUGUGGGAUUUGGGGAUCUAGUGAAUGAUGGAAAGAAAUACGCUCUUUUCCUGGGGGACACAGUCCUAGUCAAUGAGGGUGCUCCAGCCUCCUUGCUGACGACCAAACAGAAAAAGAUCAAGCAUGUCUGUAUCUUCCUGAAGGACCCUGACGAAGUGGAAGAGGAGGAGGAGAAGGAAGAGGAGCCGGUUCUCCUCGGGCGAGGAGCGAGGAAUGCGGUCCUCGACAGCCGGACCAGGACUGAAAUGACAGCAGAAGAGAAGCGACAUGAACAUCAGAAAGAAUUGGCCACCAAAAUUAAUGAAGAUGCACGAGAGAGAUUGAAAGGACUCAAAGGAGAUAAUGAAGAAAAGAAAGUAAGAAAGUCAGUUGUGUCAUAUUCAAACUCAUCAAAGAUGCCCCAGGAACAGGAGAUUCGUAACUUACAGUUGUAUGUGGACAGAAAAUAUGAGACAGUUAUUCUACCAAUAUUUGGAACACCAGCACCUUUUCACAUUGCAACUAUAAAGAACAUCAGCCAGUCCGUUGAAGGUGACUACACGUAUCUCAGAAUCAACUUCUUCCACCCGGGCUCCUCUCUGGGCAGGAACGAGGGCACCAGCUUCCCUCAACCAGAUGCCACAUUUGUCAAGGAAAUAACCUACAGAAGUUCUAACACCAAGGAACCUGGUGAGAUUUCGGCCCCUUCCUCCAAUCUGAACACGGCGUACAGACUGAUCAAAGAAGUACAGAAAAAGUUUAAGACACGCGAGGCAGAGGAAAGAGAGAAGGAGGGCAUUGUGAAACAAGACACCCUGAUUAUCAAUCCCAACAGAGGAAACCCCAAGCUGAAAGAUCUCUACAUCAGACCAAACAUUGUAUCCAAGAGGAUUUCAGGGACCCUUGAAGCCCACACAAAUGGUUUCCGCUUCACCUCCAUCCGUGGAGACAAGGUGGACAUUCUGUACAACAACAUCAAGAACGCCUUCUUCCAGCCGUGUGACGGAGAGAUGGUCAUUCUGCUCCACUUUCACCUCAAGCAUGCCAUUUUGUUUGGGAAGAAGAAACAUGUAGACGUCCAGUUCUACACAGAAGUGGGAGAGGUGACGACGGAUCUCGGCAAACACCAGCACAUGCAUGACAGAGACGACCUGCAUGCUGAACAGGCUGAAAGAGAACUGCGACAAAAACUGAAAGCUGCCUUCAAAGGAUUCUGUGAGAAGGUUGAGGCCAUCACCAAGGGAGAGGUGGAGUUUGACUCGCCCUUCAGAGAGCUGGGAUUCUACGGGGCCCCGUUCAGAAGUACGGUGUUGCUGCAGCCCACCAGUGGCUGUGUGGUCCACCUCACAGAAUGGCCCCCGUUUGUGGUGUCUCUGGACGAGGUAGAACUGAUCCACUUUGAGCGUGUACAGUUCCAUCUGAAGAACUUUGACAUGGUGUUUGUAUACAAAGACUACAGCAAAAAAACAGCUAUGAUCAACUCCAUACCAAUGAACAUGUUGGACCAUGUUAAAGACUGGCUCAAUUCCUGUGAAGUACAUUACACUGAGGGAAUUCAGAGCUUGAACUGGGCCAAAAUUAUGAAGACAAUUACUGACGACCCAGAGGGCUUUUUUGACAAUGGAGGAUGGUCAUUCUUGGAGCCGGAGAGUGCUGAUGAGGGCGAAGAUGACGAUGAUGAUGAAGAUGAUGAGGCGUACACUCCCACUGACAUUGACAGUGAGGAGGGAGACUCAAGUGAGGAUUACAGCGAGGAGAGUGAUUGGUCAGGAGAGGCUGAGGACUCCUCAGAGGAAGAGCUGGGGUCCAGUGAGGAAAGUGGAAAAGAUUGGGAUGAACUGGAGGAGGAAGCUCGGCGAGCUGAUGCUGAGACCCUCUAUGAUGAAAUGGAGGGGAGUAAACACAAGCCCCCGGCUCCCUCGUCCUCCUCACGCCACAAGCACCACUCCUCAUCCUCCUCAUCGAGGCACAAGUCCUCACACAAGUCACCUCAUAAAUCGCCUCACAAGUCAUCACACAAGUCGUCCCAUAAGUCGCCUCACAAGUCGGACCACAAACGGAAGAGGGAAGACAGCGGAGACAGACACAAGGAAAAGAAGAGGAAGAGGUAAAGUUGGCCGGAGAGGACCAUGGGAGGGAGUAGAUAUGCUACAGAUUACACAGAUAGUGCUGAAGGGAUUUUUCAUGGUGUUAUUGUUGUGUUUCUUGGAGAACAAACACUUUCUUUAUUGUGUCAUCUAUGUGUCAAGAAAACAAAAUACUGUUUUGUAUAAUGCAAGACUAAAGAGUUAAACAUAACAUGAGAAAUGUUUAUUUACUUUUAUUAUCAAUGUAUGUGUUAAUUGUACACUGUACCCAAUUGUGUAAAAAUACAGUUGUAUAGUGAGCUGAAACUACAAGUACAUGUUUAAUUGUGAAUAAAUGAGUUUUAGUUUGAAGCAAAGAUAA